GGAAGGCUGUGCUAAUUUAGCUACCUGAGGGAAUCCACUUUUAACUGGAAAUUUGUCACUUGUAUCUAAGGCGCACAGAGAGACAAGUGAAAUGGCAAUUUGCACAUCCUGAAAACUUCGGACUUUGGCAGUCAUUAGAUUAAAAAAGCCUUGUUACCUAUGGAUGUGAGUAUGGACCAAAUGGAAAAUGACAGAAUCACAGAUGAUAAUAAUUUAGAGGAACAGGAGGGCCAGUCAAAAGAGACAGAUUUGGGUGUCAGGCCGACUCUGUUUCAGGUUACAAAGUCAUGGGGAUUCAGGCGGACAACCAUAAGCCAACUCCAGUCUGAAUCGUACACUCAGCCAGAGCCUGAGCUUAGCUUUCCCGAAUGCUUGACACAAAGUCCUCCUGGUGAAAAAGGGGAGGAACAUGAAGAGAAGCAAGCCCCCAAGGAAACUGUAGAGGUGGAGGAGGAGAAGCUUCCUUCAAUGAAGCCAGAGACUGAACCUGAAGUGGAGAUGGAGACGGACGACUCUCUGCCUCUGUGCAUUGGACCUGGAUGUUCCAAACAAGCUUUACCAGACUCUGUUUACUGUGGCACUGACUGCAUCCUUCAGCAUGCUGCCAUCACUAUGAAGACACUCUCUGGCACUAAGGUGCCCAAGUCCAAAGGACGGGCACAGAGAAAAGCUCCGGCAGCCAAACCCACUACAAAGGGUCAGAAGUCGGGUAGGACGUCUAAGAGGUUAGCAGGAAAAUCUGAGGAAGGAGUUGAAGAGAAGGAGAUGAAGGAAGAUGGUGGAAGACAGAAGGAGGCUGCAUCUCCCUUAGCCUGCGACCCCACUCUCAAAGGAGUUCAGGCCACUUCCAUACCAUCAUCUAAGUUUUACACAGCGUCCAAAGAGGACAGUGAACAAGUAAAGGCUGACAGUGACACUGUAGCUCCACCAAAACAAUCUCCAGAGGAGCCCUCUACAGGUGCUGCUCCCUCUUCCCAGCCUGUUAGUGAACCAGCUCCACCACAGAGCCAAUCUCAAGAAAAAGUAAAGGAGUCAAUCAACAGUGGUGUGUCAAAGCAAAAACCUGUAGAAUCAAAACCCUCUAUACCACCUACUUCAACAAAAUCUACUCCUCCAGUCACACAAUCACCAACCACCUCAGCCUCCAAACAUCAUGAAACAGGGGCCCUUAUGGUCACCAAGACCACAUAUGUCAUACCAAAGAAGCAGUCCGGGCCACAGCCAUCGUCCAGCCAUGUGUCAACCUCAGCAUCAUGUCAGAAGGCUCCAUCAGCCCCCACGCUGCUGAACGAAACCAGAAAUCUGCUGGUGCCGCCUGCUCCCAGUGCUCCCUCCUCAAGACCCUCUCAGCCCAAUAACCAGGUCAGACAGAGCAUCCAGCGCUCCCUUACCAGCAUCCUGGUCAAAAGGGUAUGUGAUUGUGAGGAUUUGGAGAUGUCUGAGAGUGAUGUUGCAAAGCUUGUUGCAAACAUUGAGAUGGAGAUGUUCGACAUAUUUCGCAACACAGACAGCAAAUACAUGAACAAGUACAGAACUAUAAUGUUCAACCUGAAAGACCCAAGAAACAAGGGCUUGUUGUAUCGGGUCGUACGUGGAGAGAUCAGUCCCUUCAGACUGGUCAGGAUGAGCCAGAAGGAUAUGCAGGCUACCAAGCUACCAGAACCAAGUGCAAUAGAAAGACCAGAGGUCAAGGAUGCAACUGCUAAAGCAACAAGUUUGCUGCAGAAGCCUGAAGCAGUGAAGGUUGAUUUGCCUAGUUUAAAUCCCCCUAGGCCUGACAGAAGAACUGAUAGCACGGAACAAAAGGGAAGUCUUCCUACUCCUGCUGUCAAGACCAGAGCAAGCCAGCCAAGCCAGGGCAGUGCUGUACCAGAUAUUCUUUCCUGUAUGCUUAAGGAUACAACAUCAGAACACAAAGCUCACCUCUUUGACCUGAAAUGCAAGAUAUGCACAGGCCAGAUGCUACCUGGGGAAGAGGAGGAACCCGCAAAGAAAAAAAUAAAGGUGUCUGAACCUAGAGAUAAGUAUUAUCCUCCAUGGAGAAGGUCUGCAGGAGAUGACUCCCCUCUGCGGGCACCACCUGACUCACCUGAUAUGGAUUCUCCAACAUUUCCCCAAAUGGACCGUUCAUCCCCCCUUACCAUUGACUCUCCAGUUUUGACUAUAGUUGAAUCCCCUGCUUCCCCCAUUAUGGAUUCUCCAGCCUCCCCUACUUUAGAGUCUCCUGCUUCCCCUGUCAUGGAGUCCCCUGCAUCUCCAACUCCAGACUCCCCUAAAGCUCUAACAACAAAGAGAGCAUAUACACCAGUUGUGAUUCCAGCUGUCUCUACAGUAACCAUUACAAGGCGUGACCCUCGUACUGCUGCAAGCAGGAUAUCUGCUUCAUCCAGUGUAACCUCUGGUCCCAAUACAACCCAUAACCGAUCAGCCUCUUAUGCCCCUCUUAAAGAGAUGAGCUCUGUCUCUCCGUCAGCACCAGCCUCUUCACUACGACCAAAACAAACAAUACCUAAGUCUAUCUUAAUGAAGCCAUCUUCCUCAACAGACCCCAGACUCUAUGGCACAUCUUCAAGAACAGUGAUCUCUGAAUCCCCCGCUGAUGGUGAGACAUCUCAGUUCCUGGCAAAGCAAGACAUUUUGUGGAAAGGCUUCCUUAACAUGCUCACUGUAGCCAAGUUUGUCACCAAGGGAUAUCUGGUUUCAGGAUCUGCUGAAAUUCUAAAAGCGGAUCUACCUGACACCAUACAAAUUGGAGGACGAAUCAUGCCUCAAACAGUGUGGGAAUAUGUUGCAAAACUAAAGACCUCUGUUACAAAGGAGUUAUGCGUGAUCCGGUUCCACCCUGCAACAGAGGAAGAGGAGGUGGCCUAUGUCUCCUUGUUUUCCUACUUCAGCAGCAGAGGUCGUUUUGGUGUAGUCGCCAAUAACAGCCGUUCCAUCAAGGAUGUAUAUCUUGUACCGCUUAGUGCAAAGGAAUCAGUCCCAUCUAUUCUACAACCUCUUGAAGGACCAGGACUUGAAACGAACCGGCCCAAUCUUCUUCUGGGUCUGGCAAUCGUCCAGAAACCAAAACGCCUUGGAAGCUUGCCUCAGGAAAUUGAAGAGAAGAGACCCAAAGUUCAUAUGUCUAAAGACCCCAUGUGGAUCCCUAAACCUCCAGUCCUCUAUGGCUCUGACAAAUUGGAGGUAUUCCAACCCUAUGAUCCAGAGACUCCUGCUAGUACCACCCCUCCUGGUUCACCUUCCUUCCCUGGGUCACCAUCAGACUCCUCCUCUUCUGGCUCCGUCACCAUACCAUCUCUUUUGACUUCCAUUAGAGCGACUGUUUCUACCUCAGCCACUGUUGCUGUCACUCAGUCCACCUCUAAUAACAAUUCUGAAAAGAAUCCACUACAGACUAUCUUGAAGACUUUGUUUCGCAAUAAACAAACUGACUCCAUGGUCUCUGAUGAACGUUCAACCACAACAGCAGCAACAAAAGUAAGUGCUAAGAUGCUCCCAUUAUUUUCCCAGGCAUCUGGGUCAAUGGUGGAUCCAAUUGUUCAACAGUAUGGACAUAAAUCCAAAGUUAAAGAGAUAGAAGAAGAGGAAAAUGACUUUGACCGACCAUAUGACCCAGAAGAGGAAUAUGAUCCAGCAAUGGGAUAUAGAGUGGUUUCACCACAGAGCAUAGAAAAAAUUAAAGCAGAUUGCACUGCACUAUCCGCCUCUGUAGAUGAUGAUGUGGCCUAUGAUCCAGAAGACGAGACUAUCUUUGAAGAUAUUCAAAGUGAUAUUGUUGUAACAAAGCCCCUUGUUCCAACUCAAAUGUCAGAUACUCCAUCAUGCCCGACACCAAUUUCCACCCAAGUUGUAACACCAACUCCCACUUCCACCCCAGCCCAAACCUCUAACCUUGCUGCAGUUCCACAGAACCUCCCUACAGGCACUGUGGUUGUCUCAGCUGCAACACUUACUGAACAACAGAGGAUGCUUGAGGAGCUUAAUAAGCAGAUUGAAGAACAAAAGCGGCAGUUAAAGGAGCAGGAAGAGGCACUUCGACAACAGAGAGAGGCUGUGGGUAUGUUCAUGGCUCACUUUUCAGUUUCUGAUUCCCUGAUGUCUCCCCCACAAAAAUCUCUACCUCUCAGUCAGCUGUCAUCUCAGCAGAGUGGCAUAAUGCAAACAGAGUCGAGGCCUUCAGAAUCAACAGACAAGGCCAGCAACCUUUCAGAGGCUAUGGACAGUCCAAAUGUAGAUUCACAAACUGUCCAUCCAGAUGACACAAAUGCCAUCUCUCAUUUAAAAAAUGAGACAGAUACUGUUACAGAACAAGAUGAAACACAGGAAAAUGACAAUUAUUCCUCUGCUGGAGAGAUUGAAGAUUCUGAUGUAGCUUAUGAUCCAGAGGAUGAAUCACUUUUUAAUGAAAUUCAAGAGGAUGUAUUUCAAGGAACCAGUAUAAAAACUCGGGAUUCAUCUUUGUCUAGAGCAGGGCACAAGGGCGCUACUUCGAAUUCAUACCACAGCAGAAAGCAAAGACCAUCACCAAAGAAGCGGAGUCACCGUGAAAGGGACCACCAUAGAAGUCCCUCAAGAAAAUCACAGCGGCGUUCACCUUCACAUUCCCGGAGACGUAGAGAAAGGGAUAGACACAGAAGAAGUGAAAGGGACAGGUCAAGGCAUGGAGCUAGAGACCCGUCUGAACGCCAGGCUCGCCAUCGUAAAGAGCAUACUACACACCGCCGUUCGCAUGGGCGUAGAAGGUCCCCAUCAUCUGCCAGACAAAAAGACUCUGUGUCCCUUUCACCAAAACAACAUAGUGGAUCUUCCACUCCUACCAUUGAGAAACCAAAGCAUGUAAGCGGCCAGCUUAAUACUGCGUUAGACCCUGUUGUUGGACAAUGUGUAGAAAGUAACACAAUACCUUAUACACCAGUUACUAUAAAAAGUGACCCUGAUGGACAUCAGUUAAAGUGUAAUCUUUUUGAUACUACAAUUCCACAACAAAAGGGCCUUGAGAAAGUCUUUUCACAUGCACUUCUUCACAAUGUCAAGCUUGAGAUUUCAGAACCACCAAAAUCCAAAGAGCUUCAAAAACACUCAGUUAGUGACCAUGUCAACACAGGUACUAGUUCUUCAACACAGGUGGAUAAACCCCCUGAACAAGAAACUGUGCUUAAUAGCAAAAUUGAAAGUACGGUUCCACUAAGAGAAAUUGAUCCCCCCAUUCGAGAUUCUCCUGAGAGCCCUGAUCCAGACCCCCGGUUUGUGCAACCUAUCAACAUAGGAAGGAGUGAAUCUGUUAAGAUUGAGGAAAUCAGAGAUCCUGAGAAACAUAUUAGUGGGUUGAUGCCACUAAUCAAAAUAGAAAACAAUUGUCUGCCUAUUGGAGUUCAAGCAACACUGUCCAAAAUACAGUGGCCUACUGUUGAAGGCACAGACAAACAGACAGAAGGCGAAUGUACAGACCUAAAGCAUCCAGAAAUACUGGGUCAAGGGAGGGCACAUUCAAAUCCAGCUACAGGAGUAGGUAUUCAGGGUUCAGAUAUUAAAUUCCCAGGACCAGAUAUUAAAGGCCCUGGACAUAGAAAGUCACAGAUAGAUUUAAAAGAAACAGGAAUUAGAUUUCCUGGGUCUGAUAUCAGAAGUCUAGACAUGCCUAGCAUAAACGCGAACCUUUGGAGUCUUGAACCACAUACACAAGACCAAGCUGUAAGCAGUCAGAAGAAACAUUGGAGGGACCCAGAGAUGCAGAAUGCAGAGUCAAGCAUGAAAGAUCCAGCUAUUCACUGCCCUUCGAGUCUGGGUACAAGGGAGGCAAUUGUAGUAGAUGAGAGGAGAAGCCAAGAUGUUAGUUGUCUACAGAAAGGUUUGCUGAGUCUAAAAACAGAAGAGCAGAGACAGGCAGAAAAAACAGAUGGCAGACCAGGUGUUAUGGAUACAGGGGGUCCACAGACACAAGGCAAGGCUCCAGAUAUUAUAGGAAGAAGUAGACACCUAAAAGAUAUAGAUGACAGUCCACAUACUGGUGGUAUGAGGGCUUUAAGUGUAAGAGAUCCAAGUCCAGAUAUGAGAAGUGCAGAUCCAUCUUUUAGGGGUUCAGGAAUAGUUCAAAGGCACUCAAGGCAUGAUGGCAGUCCAGUUUUAGAAGAAAGGGGCCCUCAGAAUAGGGGUUUUCAGCCACAUGGAAGAGAUGCGGACUUGAGCAAGAGGCAUAGCAGUCGAGAAAGGAGUUUAGAUUCAAAUGCAUCUACAGGUUCAGAGAGCAGAGUUGUAAGAGCAUCUCCAGCAAGGACACAGGAAAGGUGUGGACCACAAAGAGGACGAGAUGUACCCAUGAGAGGACAAGGGCCAAAUAUGAAUUAUCAAAGUGCUGGGUCUAAUAUGUCCUGCUUUCGACAAGACAGAAGUGGGCAUAGAGAAGAUUUCAAGGAGCCAUGGUCAGAUAUUGGGGUUGAAAGUAAUGUGCAUGGCCCUGACAUGAGAGAAUCAGAAGACAUGCAUAAUUUAAGAAGGACAGAUAUGAGAGGAAUAAGUUAUAUGGGGCCAGGUCAAGAUUUAGGUAGUAUGGGUGGCUCAGAUACAAGAGGUGAUAGAAGUUCCAGGAGUUCAAGUACAGAAAUUGGAGAAACAGGUCCAAAUAAGAGGGAUGAAGGCAUGCAAGGAAGAAAUAUACCGACUCCAAGGCUCGAGAAAAGAAAUGAACAAAUGGGUCAAGAAGACAGAGGUCCCAUUCCAAACAUUACAAAUCAAGAUUGGAGAGAUUCAAGACUAGGUGGUGUAUGCCCUGAUAUAAAGGAUGAGAGAAUUCAAAAUAGAGCUUUGGGUCCACAUAUGAGGGAUCCAAAUUGGAGUAGUCCAGCAUCAGACAUAAGAGAUGACUGGAGAGGGCCUGAUAGGAGAGGAUCAGGGUCAGUUAGAGGAGAGCCAUUUAUACAAGACAAAUGGAGAAUCCAUCAGUCUGACAGGAAAAGCCCAAACAUGGAGAGCCAGGGGCCUGACAGAAGAAGUGCUGGAGGCCUGGACUUUAGAGAAUCAGGGCCCGAAAUGAGAAAUCCAAACAUGGAGGGCCUGAGGCAAGACAGGAGAGGAACAGGAGGCCCAGACUUCAUGGGACCAGGGUCUGAAAGGAGAGGCCCUGAUAUGGAGGUCCCAGUGCAUGACAGGAGAGGACCAGGAGGUCCAGAUAACAGUGGACCAAGAUCUGAGAGGAGAGGUCCAGUUAUGGAUGGUCUAGGAUCUGGCAUGAGAGGACCAAGGGGUCCAGACUUUGUGGAAGCAGGGCUUGAAAGGACAGGCCAUGAAGGUCCACAUUUUAGAGGACCAGGACCUGAAAUGAUAAAUCCACCUAUGGAGGGUCCAAGACCUGACAUGAGAGGACCAGCAGGUCCAGACUUUAGGGGACAGUGGCCUCAAAGGCAAGUCCCUGAUAUGGUUGGUCCAGGGCUCGGCAGGAGAGAACCAGGAGGUCCAAAUGUCUGGGGGCCAGGACCUGAUAGGAGAGGACCUAGAGGUCCAGAUUUCUGUGGACCGGGGCCUGAAAGGACACAUUUAUCUAUGGAGGGUCCUGGACCUGAGAGGAGAGGACCUGGAGGUCCAGAUUUCAGAGGUCCAGGAACUGAAAAUACAGGUCCUGCCAUGGAGGGCCCAGGACCUGACAGAAGAGGGUGGGGAGGUCCAGAUUUUAGUGGACCAGGGUAUGAAAAAAAAGGUCCAGUUAUGGGAGGUCCAGGGCCUGACAGGAGAAGACCUGGAGGUCCAGAUUUCCAGGGACCAGGGCCUGAAAUGAGAGGUUCUUCUAUGGACCACCAAGGGCCUGAUAGGAGAGGACCAGGAGGUCCAGAUUUCUGUGGACCAGGGCCUGAAAGGACACGUUUACCUAUGGAGGGGCCUGGCAGGAGAGGACCGGGAGGUCCAGAUUUCAGAGGACCAGGAACUGAAAAUACAGGUCCGGCUAUGGAGGGUCCAGGACCUGAAAGAAAAGGACGAAGAGGUCCAGAUUUCAGUGGACCAGGGUCUGAAAGGAGAGGUCCACCUAUGGGAGGUCCAGGGCCUGACAGGAGAGGACCUGGAGUUCCAGAUUUCUGGGGACCAGGGCCUGAAAUGAGAGAUCCUUCUAUGGACUAUCAAGGGCCUGACAGGAGAGGACCAGGAGGUCCAGAUAUAAGAGGGCCUGUGUACGAAAGGAGAGGUCAUAUGGAGGGCCAUGGACCUCACCGGAUGGGACCAGGAGACCAAAACACUGGUGGACUGGCUCUUGACAGGAGAGGUCCAUAUAUGAUGGGUCCUGGGCCUGACUUCAUAGGUCCGGGGCCACACAGUAGAGAACAGGGAGGUCCACAUUUCAGGGGUCCUGGACCAGAAAGUGGACAUCUUAAUAUGGAGGGCCCUGGGCCAGAUGGAAGCGGUCCAGGCAUCAUGGGACCAAGGCCUGAAAGACCAGGUUCUGGUGUGGAGGGUUCGGGGCCUGAUAGGACCGGACAGCGAGCACCAGAAUUCAUGGAAGCAGGGCCUGAUGGAACAAGACCAUGUAUGGAGGCUCCAGGGCCCAUCAGGAGAGGGCCAAUAGGUCCAAACAUGAACAGACCAGGGCAGCAUUCAGGUCCAAACAUUGAGGCCCCAGGGCCUGAUGGAACAAGACCAUGUAUGGAGGCUCCAGGGCCCAUCAGGAGAGGGCCAAUAGGUCCAAACAUGAACAGACCAGGGCAGCAUUCAGGUCCAAACAUUGAGGCCCCAGGGCCUGAUGGAACAAGACCAUGUAUGGAGGCUCCAGGGCCCAUCAGGAGAGGGCCAAUAGGUCCAAACAUGAACAGACAAGGGCAACAUUCAUGUCCAAACAUUGAGGCCCCAGGGCCUGAUGGAACAAGACCAUGUAUGGAGGCUCCAGGGCCCAUCAGGAGAGGGCCAAUAGGUCCAAACAUGAACAGACCAGGGCAACAUUCAGGUCCAAACAUUGAGGCCCCAGGGCCUGAUGGAACAAGACCAUGUAUGGAGGGUCCAGUGCCCAUCAGGAGAGGGCCAAUAGGUCCAAACAUGAACAGACCAGGGCAAAAUUCAGGUCCAAACAUUGAGGCCCCAGGGCCUGAUGGAACAAGACCAUGUAUGGAGGGUCCAGGGCCCAUCAGGAGAGGGCCAAUAGGUCCAAACAUGAACAGACCAGGGCAACAUUCAGGUCCAAACAUUGAGGCCCCAGGGCCUGACUGGAGAGGUCCAGAAGGCCCAGAUUUUAGGGGACCUGGUCCAGAAAGAAGACCUCCAAAUAUGGAGGGAACAGGACACAGCAGGAGCUUUCCAGGAGGCCCACAGUUCAGUGGUCCUCAGCCUGAAAGGAGACCGCCAGAAAUGGGGGGGCUAGACUCUGAUAGAAGAGGUCCACACUUCAGAGGAGUGGGGCCAGAUAGAACUGUUAUGGAGGGUCCAGGGCCCAAUAGGAAAGGUCCAGGAGGUCUAGAUAUGGAGAGCCGAGGAUCUGACUGGAGAAAAUUAGGUGGUCCAGACAUUAGAGGCCCAGGCCUCAGACAGAGAAGUCCAAAUAUAGAAAAUCUAAGACGGGAUCUAAGAAGGGAUGACUGGGGAGGGGCUGACUUUGGAGGGUCUGAACCUAACCAAGAAAGUCCAGAUAUAGAAGGCCAUGGACCCGAUAGAACAGGUCGAAACUUGAUAGGUCCAAGGCCUAUAAGGAGAAAUACAGAAGGACCAGGGCCAGAGGGGAGAGGCAUGGACAUGGAGGAACAAUGGUCAGAUGGAAGAGGGCCCUACAUGGGGGCCAGGGGAAAUGAUAGAGAGUGUUCAGGAGAUGAAUGGAAAAGACACGGCAACAGAGAUCCAGGGCCUGUUCAAGGAGGUCUAGAUGAGCAAGGCCAAGAACAUGGUAGGGAAGGUCCUUACAAUGAAUGGAAAGGCCCUGGGUGUAUUGAGCCAGGGCCCAUAUGCAGGCCUAAUAUGCAAUUUCCAGGGCACAGGAGAGGUCCCAGAGAUGAUUGGAGUGGUCCUGAUUGUAGUGGUCCAGGGCCUUUCCAGGAUGAUCCAGAUAAAAUGUGUCCAGGGCCUGGUAGACGAAGACCAGGAAAUGAUUGGAGAGAGCCUGAUAGAGGGGGAGCUGGACCAAACAGAAAUGGACCUGAUUUUUUCAGAAGGGAAAGAGAUCCAGAUAGAGGACAAGGCCAUGAUAGCGGUCCAGGCAUGAGAGGACCAGGGUCAGAUAUGAGGAAUGACAGGAGGCAGCCAGACUUCAGGGGGAAUAUGAGAGGGCUAAACAUGGAAGGACCUGGGCCUCAUAGAGGAGCUCCAGAUAUGAUAAACUUUUGCCAAAACAGAAAUCCAGAUUUAAGACAGCCAGGCCUUGAAAACAGAAAUUCAAAUAUUGAAGGUCCAGGGACUGACGGUAGAUGUACAGAUCUUCAAGUGCGAGGAUCUGAAAGCCAAGGUGUGGCUAUGGAAAACCCUAGACCAGGUAGACAAGGAUUUGAAAAUGAUUUUAGGAGGGAAAGGAGAGGUCCAGGCAUGAGAGGGCUGGGGCCUGAUCAAACAGAUAUGAUGGGCCCAGACCCUGAAAGUUUAGAUGUAAGACAAGGAUCUGGGAGGUGGGAUACAAACACUGGGGGACCUGGGUCUGAUAGAAGAGGUCCAGACUUUGGUGGUCAAACAACCAACAACAAAAGAAGAGGCCCAGAGUUGAGAUGUUCAAAUAUGUCUGCACCACCUAAUUUCAAUAGAGGGAGUCAUCAGGAUACCCAAAUCCAAGGCCCUAAUGAUCAGCAUCCUGCACAAGUCAAUAGGCCCCUAGAUCCAGCUCCAAACAAUGGAGGACAAUCAUGCCCUGGUUUUGAAAACCAACAAAAUCAGCAAGCAGUAAAACCCCAGAGACACAGAGCUGCAUUACUUCCCACUCCAACAGAAGGUCUCAUACGUUUUCCAAAUCGUAGGAUCAACAGUCCUGAUGUUUUCAGCCCAAAACAAAAACAAUUUGGCCACCCAACAGACAGGGAGUGGAAUAGAGGUAGACCAAUGAGUCGAGAAAGAGAGUUGGUCAAAGAGCAAAGGCAGGAGCAGGAGCAAAGUCCUGCUGGUAAGUUAAGCAUACCUGUAGAGGCAGGUACAGGAGGUGGAGAAGAAAAAAAGGAAGAGGGUAAUGCCUAAUAAAUACUUAUAAAAGCAGUGUUAAACCAAGUUAGACACAGGCUGAUACUAGACCGGCAAAAACAUAGAAUAACACACAGUGAAUGUAUUUUGUUCAAGGGGAAUGUUUGUCCAUGUCAUAUUAAAAUCAUAACAUGACCUACAGGCAAAGCCAUGCGAAAGAUAUUAUAGCUUGAUAUGGACAUGCUCAGAGGCAUUUCAGUUUAUUAUGUUCUAGUUUGUCUAUUUCAAAGUAGAUGUGUUUAUUUUUGUUGUUUGAUUAUGACUAAAUGCCUCUUAAACCUAAUUGAUCACUUGUAAAUUCAAGUCAUGCAUCUCUUGGAAACAGUCAGAAAUGCAGAAAUGUUUUGUGUACAUUUUUUUGUUGUUGUUUUUUUUUUUACAUAGCCAUAGUGUCAGUUAAGUAGCCUUUAUCUGACAUUUAUGUUCUACUGCUGAUAAAAAAUAAUGGCUGUUCUUGUUCUUUAAGAAUGCAACGUUAAUAAAAUGACAUACCUU